GGGGGCCUGGCGUGAGAAAUGAGAGGCACGGGGUCAGCCGGAGGGAGGGGGUCAAAGAGCAUGGAAGGAACCAAGGUGGCCAUCUGUCCAUCCCUCCAUCCGGCCAGUUCCCAGGAUGCCUAGGACAGCUUGGACACCAAAGGGACCUUGCCUAAGGUGGUGGCUGAUGCUGCUUCUGGGAGCCCACCUCCUGAGUUCUUCAUGUGUCGCCCAGCCCUCGAGGAACAUCACCAUCAAGAUUAAACAAAAGCCGCCCUCGGUGCAGGUUGGGGAUAGCGUGGCCCUGAUCCCGGAGGGUUCGCAGAGGAACCUCUCCUCCUGCAGGUGGUUCCGGGGAGACAGGGACCGCUUUUUUGAGAUCGUGGAGUUCAUGCCCUUCAACAAUUCUGUGGAUUACAAAGAGGCCUACUCGGGCCGGGAGAGCAUCGACCUCUAUUGCGAGCUUCAUAUCCGGAACCUCAGCCUUUGGGACAGCAACUUCUACCGCAUUGAGAAGAUCACAUCCAACAACACCAGGGAAGCGGGUGAGACAGCCUUGCUGGUCCAGGAUAAACACAGAUACUGGUCAAGAGGGCGCCUCACUCCAAUAGCCACCAUCGGGGUCGCCGCCGCCUGCUUCGUCUGCCUCAGUUUUUUCAUCGCGAUCAUAGCCUUCCAGACAGCCAAUUUGACCAACAGUGGUGAUGAAAGGCUCCCGGGCUCCCCUAGUACUCCUGGAACCAAUUGCCCAAUCUGCAGCCCUUUGGAAACAGCACGGCUAGGAUGAAAAGGUAGAAGAAGAAGAUGUCAAUGAUGACAAUGAGAAUUUCCUAGUCCAGAAUAUGCUCAGACUCCCCAUCUGCCUCGCCCAAGCCACACAACCUCUGCUCUCCUCAAAAAAGAUGGAAAUUAUGAUCAAUACCAAGGACAUUUUGGUCUCUCAAGACUCCCCUUUGCCCCCAUAUUCCAGACCCCUGCAGCCAAAGGAACAAUCAUGUCUGACAUUAAAAGAUUCCAGUGUC